GGUGGCCUACUCGUAUGAGCUGGCGCGCUGAUCGCUGAUCAUCUGCGACAUCGAUCCUAGCAUUCCCAAACUUGCAUCAACGGUAUUCGACGCAGGGUCCAGCGUUCGGCAAGAGAUAGUCUUCAGGCGCCCACAUCAUCCCCGUCAUGGCCGAUAUUGCUGGGUAUCCCACCGAUGCUAAGAGCGCACUCGGUGCGCAUUCCGACCCUAUCCAUACUUCCAACAAACGAAAGCGUGACACGCGCGACCAAGGCCCUGCCAACGCCCGACCUGCUCCAGGAUCGGUCAACAACGAUUUGAGCGAUCAGGCUACGGCCUCCUUCCUUGCCGCACACAACGCGUCGACGAACGAGGAGGACAUGCAACAACAGUUCGAUGUUCAUCAGAACAACAACACAAAUGCGGCGAGCGUUGGCGACACUGCUGCCGCCGCACUGGCUUACCAUCAGAUGACCGUCCCUCAAGCAACCGAGCUUGCCUUCCAGCCGCAGUCUGCGCCGGAGGGGGCUUCGUUCAACAUGGGCGACCAUCACCAGCCACCACAGACAGGAAUGCAAGACUUCAGCCUCGAGGCUCUGAAGGCAGCCACGCAAACACCGCGUUCAGGCCCACCCGCCACGAACGAGUCCCCUCCAAGUACGACUAGUCAUAAGCCUCCUGUUGGUUCCGAGGAAUGGCACAAAAUUCGCAGGGAUAACCACAAAGAAGUCGAACGCCGCCGUCGUGAAACCAUCAAUGAAGGCAUCAACGAACUUGCCAAGAUCGUCCCGGGAUGCGAAAAGAACAAGGGAUCUAUCCUUCAGCGGGCUGUUCAGUUCAUUACUCAAUUGAAGGAGAACGAACAGCAGAACAUUGAGAAGUGGACCCUCGAGAAGCUGCUCACCGAACAGGCCAUCUCCGAACUCAGCGCCAGCUGUGAUAAGUUCAAGGCCGAGGCGCAGCGUGCUUGGGAGGAAUGUGAGAUCUACAAACGAGCCUGUGAGAAUGCAGGCAUCGUGCCUGAGGAAAUCAAGGCGCGAGAGAACAAUGGAGAGCAGAGCGGUCAGAGCUAGACUCCCUUGGCUCAUCCGCGCAUCGCUGCACUGAAUCCCGGUUCCGCUGGUACUCUCACGUCUGUCGUGACGAGCAGUCACUUCGGAAAGUCACUCAUUCGCGUCAGUUAUCCUAGGGACCCCUGCGUCUUCCUUUCAUCUUUCUGUUAUGGCGUCCGGUCCGUGUGCUUUGCUGUUGUGGCCAUAAACGGAUGGGGCAGUCUAUGUGGCACUCAUUCGCCCGGUGGCAUCGGUUUCAAUGGGUCGUUUCAACUGGAGAGGUGGUGUUUCCAUGGGUUUCAGCCUGAACAGAAGAGCUCUUUAUGGACCCGAUCAUUUCUG